AACACCUUACGUAAUCUACUUUCUACGGUUACAAAUCCAGAGCAAACCAGAAGCGGUUGCAACAGAAUCGAUUGCAGAAAUAAAAAAAAGAAAAAAAUCGUUUGAAGAAGCGUGUGGGUCGUCAAGGGUAGACAACAGUCUUGAUUUGGCUUCCUCAAAUAACUGCUGCUUUUCGAAGAAAAGACGAGGUUUUAGUUUUACUCUUCUAAUGGCGAAUAGAUAAGGUGUUUGGAAUACAAAGUACACAAAAUGUACAACUUCGAGUUUACGCGACAACAGUUUAAUUGCUUUGUGGAUAAUCUAAAUAUUUCACGAAAUAGUAGCUUCUGUGGGGCAAUAUGGGACGGCUAUGCGUGUUGGCCACCAACCCAGAGUUCCAAAGAAGCUGUGCAGAACUGCCCAUCUUACCUACCAAGAUUUAACACAGAAGAGUUUGCUGUACGUCCGUGCCAAGCUAAUGGCGAAUGGUUCCGUUAUCCUACUACACAAUACCAGUGGACGAACUACUCACGCUGCCAACUGCAAAAGGGCCAAGAGGCUGUUUGGGCCAAAUACCGCUUGGCGAUUUCUGGUUACUCAGUUUCGAUGAUAACAUUGCUUGUGGCUUUGUUUAUUUUCUUCCAUUUCAGGUCCCUUCAGUGUCAGCGCGUGACAAUGCACAAGCAUCUCUUCGUAUCUUACAUCCUAAAUGCCCUUGCAAGCGUUCUUUGGUUGCAUUCCCACACAAUACCAGGAGUAAGCCAGGUCUAUUGCAAGUUUCUGCACGCGAUCCACCAAUACACAGAAACAAGUAACUAUUUCUGGAUGCUGUGUGAAGGGAUCUACCUUCAUACACUCGUAGUCGUGUCGGUUUUUCGUGAGAAACAGAACCUGCUCAUCUACACAGGCCUAGGCUGGGGAUUCCCGGCUCUAUCGUUGCUACUCUAUGUCGUUACUCGCUUUGUGCUGGACGACAGCAGCUGCUGGGCGACUCCAACCACAGAUGCAGCCUACAUUAUCCAUGGUCCUAUCGCGAUCGCUCUUGUGAUCAACUUCAUCAUUCUGAUGAACCUGCUUCGUGUAUUGCUGUCGAAACUUCGAGCAAACAGAAACAACAUCCAGAGAUACAUAGGAGCGAUUAAAGCGACAUUGGUGCUCAUUCCUUUGCUGGGCUCACAACACAUCCUGCUCACUAUUGCCCUCUACAUUCCAAAUGCGUCUGUGCUCAGAGUGUUGUCUUACAUCACCAACGUCUUAAGCAGCUUCCAAGGUUUUGCUGUUGCUAUCAUCUUCUGUUUUUGCCACGAGGAGGUCGCUCAGCAGGUCAAAAAGUUCGUAUCACGUCGAUGUGGCAUUUUUAAGUUUAAGCAACAAAGUCAGAGCAGCAAGCGUAACAACGCUGGCCUCGAGAUUACGGAUGCCACCCAAAUCGAACUGAUGCCACGUCCGUGUCAAGAAUGAUAAACGUCAGAAACAGUGUUGAAAACCAGAUACUUGGAUUCUCAUUGACAUGCUUGUGUCCUUGCCGCAUUAUUAAUUUGCUGCAUCAUAUUGCCACUGCUUUUGUGCUUCGUUAAAUGCGAUGUUACGCCGUUAGGUACAAGGCGAAUUUAAAAGACAAUUGAUGCAUAGGUUACGUGCAUAAACACGAAAGCUGUUGUCAAAAUUGGAUAAGUGAAUUGCAUAAGAUAAACAGCAAUACGACAACAUUUUUAUUGCAGCAUACCUUACAUAUAAGCAUGUCUUCCAAGAUUUACUUUUUUACAUUUAAAAUAGCGCUCUAUUUGUGUAUAUUAAACGCAACAUAAUUGUUUUCUUUUUCUUUGAAUCCGUACUAACAAAAUGUGGAUACUUUUUAUCGUAAUCAGAUUCAUAAAAAUACGACAUUGUAAAUUUAUUUCAACACAAUACAAACUUAAAAGUUUAAUAAACAUUUUAAAAUAUAAUAAUUUAAUGCCAUUUGAUUUUUCUUGUGCCAUAGUACCCCAGCUACCAGUUUAAAGGUACCCCGGUAGCAUUUUUAAAAAAUGCAGGGACUUUACCCAAACAAAAGGUAUUGACGCUGUGUGGUGUCUUAUGCUUUGUUCGGUAUUAGAAGUCACUUGUGUUUGUUUGGAAACGUUGACUCGAGUGCUUACGAUUUUAGAAUGCUUGAAAUAUGGCAGAGUUGGUGAGUUUUUGGUAUGGAGGGGUGGUUUUAGCAACUGUGUAGUCGAACUGGAGAAA